GAGUGUGGGGGUGAGUCUAUUUUGGGGAGGUGCUGAGUAGUGGAUGGUUAGAUGAGAAAGUCAGUGUGCACUGCGUGUGCAGGUCCUCUCCCAGCAGAAGCAGCAGCCGCCUUUCUCUUUCAGCCAGAUGACCCUACAGAAAAUGGACGCCGUGGAGGUCUUUGCAGCCGGAGAGAAAGGCCGCGGCCUCCGGACCACCAAGGACAUGAAGGCUGGUGAGGUGGUGUUUGCAGAGGCCAGCUUCGCUGCUGUGGUCUUUGACAGCCUGUCCAUGCACGUGUGCCACAGCUGCUUCCGCAGACAGGUGAAUCCACACCGCUGUGCCCAGUGCAAGUUUGCCCACUACUGUGACCGCACGUGUCAGCGAGCUGCCUGGGAGGAACACAAGCAGGAGUGCGCCGCCAUCAGACAACGUGGCAAGGCACCAAGUGAGAAUGUGCGUCUUGCAGCGCGAGCUGUAUGGCGCAUGCAGAAACACAAAGGAAAAAUCUUCGACACACAGCUCACAACUCUAGACCUCUUGGAGGACCACCUCUCUACAAUGACCCCAGAGGACCUUAAAAAUCUCAAAGUGGAUGUUGGCAACUUCCAGGACUACUUGAAAGGCAACAGAAGGCAGUAUAGCGAAGAUUACAUCUCACAUAUCUUUGGUGUGAUUACCUGCAAUGCUUUCACUCUGAGUGACCAGCGUGGACUCCAGGCAGUCGGCGUGGGCCUCUUUCCUAACCUCUGUCUGGUCAACCAUGACUGCUGGCCAAACUGUACCGUCAUCCUCAAUCACGGCAGUCAGACAGCUCUGGAAUCAGCUUUACACUCCCACAGGAGGAUUGAGCUGCGUGCCUUAGAAAAAAUCCCAGAAGGUACCGAGUUGACGGUCAGCUACGUGGACUUCUUAAACUUAUCCAAGGAUCGUCAGAAGCUGCUGAAGAAGCAGUAUUACUUUGACUGCAAAUGUGAGCACUGCAGCAAAGGCAUCAAGGACGACCUAAUGAUGGCUGUGAAAGAAACCGACGGCAAAAAGCCUUCAGCCGAGCGGGUGAAGGAGAUCACAGACUACAGCGUGGAGGCUCUGGCCAAAAUUGAAGAAGCUCGUAUGGAGGGAGACUUUCAUAAGGUCGUAAAACUCUGCCGUGAGUGCUUGGAGAAGCAGGAACCGGUGCUGGCGGACACGCACCUCUACAUGCUGCACGUGUUUAAGGUGAUCAGCGAGGUCCUGUCAUACCAGCACUCCUUCAAGGAGGCUGCCGAAUACGCAGACAGGAUGGUGGAAGGCUAUGUGAAGCUCUAUCACCCAAACAAUGCUCAGCUUGGCAUGGCCACUAUGAGGGCAGGCGUAACACACUGGCAUGCAGGGCUGAUCGAAGCUGCUCACGGCCUGGUCUGUAAAGCCUAUGCAAUCCUUAUGGUAACACAUGGACCCCAUCACCCAAUUACAAAGGAUUUGGAGGCAAUGCGCACGCAGACAGAGCUGGAGCUGCGCAUGUUUAAGAAGAACGAACAUGCCUACCACAGCAUGCGUGAGGCGGCUCUCACCAACAAACACAUGACCUCUAGACUGGUCAAGAGCAAAUAAAUCUUCAGAUACAUGUAACUAAUUUAACCAUAUUUAAGAAAAGCAUGUCCGAGGGGACGGAUCUUCCCAACCUAGAGCUGGGAAGGUUGAACUGGUUGGUAAAUUUCCCUGUAUGUCUCUCUGAUUUGGAAAAUGUUUUGUGUAAAUAAAUCUCCAAGACACGGAAAUUGCCCAAUAAAGAA